CUGUCGGAGAAAAGUGCAUGUGCAAGCAGAACUGAGAAAGUUCAUAGAGCCGGGGUGCAGGAUGUCCCGUUAAGGAGAAGAGGGAAAAAAAUCCUGCAGAGGAGCAGAAGCAACACAAGCUGACGGGGUGAAAGGAGUGCAACUCAGAGCGAACGGCAUUCACCGCACCGAAGAUAUCAUUUAACUGAGCAAAAUGGGCUUUCCGACGAUAUUUAGUUGUCGUCGGAUUCUUCUGAAAGUGUUUUUGGUUCAGUUCAUCGCAUUUCAAGCAACUUAUGCUGCCCCUUCGCCUAUAAUCAGGUUUCCUGGAGACGAUACUCCCAAAACAGACAAAGAAGUUGCUCUGCACUAUCUGAAUAAGUUUUAUGGAUGCCCACAAGACAGAUGCAACCUUAUGGUGCUCAAGGACACCCUGAAGAAAAUGCAAAAGUUCUUCGCUCUGCAAGAAACUGGAGAGAUUGAUGCCAAGACGGUGGAUAUCAUGAAAAAGCCCCGCUGUGGCGUCCCAGAUGUGGCCAAUUACAACUUCUUCCACAGGAAACCCAUGUGGCAGAAGAAAGACAUCACUUACAG